GAUAGACGCAUAUAUGUCGAACCUGUAGAUUUCUAUAGUUAUAUACAGUAUCAAAGGCUUCCACCACCCUUAACUUUUUCUUCUCAUCAUGUUGUCUAUAACUCGUACAUCACGUCGAAUCCUUGAUAAGCAUUGUCAAUUGAAGUCAAUUUCGUACUCGCCACGCCCCACGCUGAGUCCCAUUAAAUUGUCGACUUCAUGUCCAAGUGGGAAGUCCAGAGGCCUCUCAAUUUUUGAGUUGCGAACUGUUUGCAAACCGCGAUAUUUUUCAACAUGGGAUUGGGCUGUGGCCAACGGUCAUCACGGUCAUCGUGGUGGCUGUGUUCAUUGGGCCAACGGUCAUCACGGUCAUCGUGGUGGCUGUGAUCAGUUCUCUUCUUCAAAGAGAUUGCAUUCUAAUGUAUAUGCUACAGAAUCAACAAUCUAUCCAUCAAGCUGGGAAGCUUAUUCCGACAUCGGAAUCGAAGAAAUCGAGCUCGCCCCAUCAAGCGACAGACUGUGUGUGACGUGGAACCGUACAUCGUCAUCAUCGCCGACAUCGUUCCCACUCAUAUGGCUGAGAGAUAACUGUCGAUGUCCCCAGUGCUUCGAUACUACAUCCUUCAGUCGCAUCACCUCCAUUAAGAAUAUGGACGCCAAGCUCAACUCCGUUUAUCUGGCCGAUAACUGCAAGUCUAUCAACAUCAUCUGGGAUGACGGUCACGUGAGUAAUUAUCCAGCGAGGUGGCUACGAUGUAACGUAUUUGACGAUUUGGAACCUGAUCCCCUGGUCGACAUCCAACCAAAUUUAUGGGACGCAUCGAGAUGUCGUGAUCGUAUGCGACGGUUCAACUUCAACGAACUCCUGUCCGAUGACCAUACAUUGCACGAAAUGUUGCUGGAUGUGAAGGUGCUUGGCAUUGCAUUGGUUGAGAAUGCACCACAGAAGUUAGGGCAGAUUAAGAAGCUAGCACAGAAAGUCGGAUUCCUCUUCCCUAUCAAUUACGGCGAAUCAUUUGAGGUUCAGCAGAAAGAUGACGCUAGCACUGCAGCCUAUCUGUCUUGUGAUCUACCGUUGCAUACAGACGCUGCCUAUAACAGCAUAAGACCUGGGAUUCAGAUGCUACACUGUUUACAGCAAUCGGAUCAGGGUGGUGAAAGUAUCCUCGUAGACGGGUUCAAGGUCGCUAACGACCUUCGGGAGACCUCACCAGACUCGUACGAUGUUCUUACGAAACAAGUCUUGGAAUUCUAUGAUCGAGGCACGGACUCCCUUGGAGAGUUCUUCAACAUUUCCCGUAAUCAUGUAAUCAGGUUGAAUGAGAAAAACGAAGUUGCCCAAAUUACAUUCACUGAACAUGGUCGAAGUGCCAUUGCACGGAUGCAUGCUGAUGACGUCAUCAGUACAUACAAAGCGUUAAUGGCUUUCAUUGAUCUGCUGUACGCACCGGAAAACGUAUUUGAAUACAAGAUGGAAAAUGGAGAUAUUCUGAUCAUGGAUAAUUACCGAGUUCUACAUGGACGGAAAGGUUUCACCAAUCGACCAGGAUCAUUCAGACACCUAGAAGGGGGCUAUUUGGAUUGGGAUACGGUAUCCUCAAAAAUCAGAAUUCUUAAGAAAAAACUCGACGCAAAGGAACAGUAUAAUUAAUUUAUUGUUAAAUUAGGGUAGGCCAUACUCUGAUAUCGAAGGAGAAUUACAUACUUAGGUCCCGUGUACAAGCACAGUGCUUUGAGAUACAACACGCAUUGGAUUUCCAGUGAGAAUAUAGUUUUGAGAAAUUUGUAGAACAUGGAACUUAUUAUUUUUUUAACGGUUAAGCCCACCCAAGAGAAAAAAUAUGUAUAUAAGCA